AUGAGUUCGAAGAACAUCGUGAACCUAUCGAUAUUCGCAUCGAUAAACGCACUGUACAUUCUGUUGUACAUUUUCAACCAGACAUUUCUUCAAGUAAUAUGUACACUAUGCAUUUUGCUCCUGUUGUUAAGUGGGCUACUUGUAUUUUUACAAGUACAUAAGGUAUCAGAAUAUAAGGAGAAUGACAAGCUGGAGAUAGUAUCGAAAGAAAUGAUCGAGAACUGUGUUAUGUUCAUAUACGAUUUUAUAAAUGACAAAUUGACUUUAGUGAGAAAAUAUUUAUUGUGGACCAACAUAAUGGAAAAUGUUACUCUACUUAUUGUGUUGUACUCUGUGGGCAAUUUUCUCUCCUUUGUAAAUUUCAGCGUUCUUUUUUACAUGAUCACUUGGGCCAUAUUUUUAUAUAACCAUGUUAACAAUGUAUACAUAACAAAGAUUUGCAAAGUGGCCCAUCCUUAUUAUGUGGACUUGAAGGACCACGCCAAGUACAUGUUCGAUAACAUCCCCAAGUUGAAACAUAUAAAGAAGACCAUUUAA